AUGGCGGUCUUGUCUAUACCGUCAACAGGAUUGGAUGCUGUUUCACUUCUGGGAACUAAAUUCUGUUUGGAGAAUGAUAAUUCGGGACUGCCGUCUCCUGUUUCUUCAGAGCAACUUCAUAUAGAUAAUGACCGAACGAGUGUCUACUGGAUUCGUCGAGGUAUCAUUAUCCGCAAGUUCUCCUAUCAUGGAAAGGGUUUCGUUCGAGCAGCUGGGUUUGCCACGUUCCGCACGAACGAACCGGCCUCAGAAAGUACUGUUCAAUCAGAUGAUUCGAGUGGAAAAGAUGAUUCGAGAUCAGCAGUCAUAUUUUUGGCAGACACGGUACAUAUCUAUCAGAAAGAUGGAAUUUCACAUUCGCGAAGUAUGCCUUUUACGGUCAGCAAGGUAUUUCCAUUCGAAAGAGGAUUGAUUCUAGAGAGAGAGAUGGAACCAUUGACCGGUCUACCAUCUUCCAGUUUGUUGACAAGUAGUCGUCAAACCGACCCUUCAGUGCCCAAGUUUUUUGCCAUGACAGAUCCGAUCCUCGAUUUUGGUUUGGUCAUCUCGUCGUCUAUUUCAGCCAUUUCUCCAGAUGAAGAGUUGAUGCAUUUUGCGCCUACGUCUAACUCGUCUUCUAUUUGUGUCACUUUCAUACCGGGUAAUGAGCAUACGUUGUCGUCAUUAAUUAUAUACCACAUUCGGCAUCUAACCAGGGCUAAGUCAAGAUCAGCUAUCGGAACUACUUCUGGCACAGUUGCAAGGCGAAGGAGCUCGCUAAAGAGGAAGUCGGCAAGUUUUCACCAUGGAAUGACUGACGACACAAAACAUCCACACAGUGAACAAGAUCGACUUCGUGAGUCUAUUUCAUCUCCCAUAUCGACAGAUAGAUCAUCAAUGUCUCGAUUAGAGGUACCGCCAGUUGCAGCUGACAGAAGAACCAGUCUUGAUCCCAGCAAACUCGAAUCACAAGACUCACAAAGCUAUCCACUGGAAGCAACAAACUUACGAAAGGAGAUUGUUCUUACCAAAAUCACAUCCUUUGACAUUAACGCACCGAGGAAUAUGAUUAAAAUUGAAAAUGUAUUAUACGAAGAAGACAAUAUUGAGGUUGUGUCUAUACUAAACAAAAAAGACUCUAGGGUGGUAAACUACUCUUUUAGGAGAUCUAAUGGUCCCAUCGGCAUUCCCAAUAUUGAAGGCACCAGCGUUCUAGAAGCAAAAGAUAUUACCACGAUAAAAUCAGAAACUAACGGCGAGGUGCUGCUUGUAAUACUUAGUCCCAAGGACCAGUUAUAUCUUUACAAUCCUCUGCUGAGUAUAAAAUCCGUACCUCUAAUGACUCCUAAUCAUUGGCCGGAUAUUAGUCGUUUAGUUUCAAGCAAUGGUAAUGUGAUAAAAGUUCAAACUUUGGAUAACGCAUAUCGCGAGUGUUUCCUUACUUUUGAGCCAAAAGAAGAACUAACAAAGAGAUGUCUUAAUGGACUGAGUCUUAUAUUGGAUUCCGUUAGCUACUCGUUUUUUCGAUUUCUAUGGUUGAGCUCAUGCUCUUUAAAGACGCUUACAGAUGAUAAUGAAUGGUAUUCCUUUAUGGCAACUGUAAUGUGUUGUUUGGUGAAUUUCAAAUCAGACUAUAGACCGGACAGUACUGGUGUGUCUAAAUUAGGUGGAGAUAAAUCUCAUAUAUGGCCACAAUUGGCUGGUCUGAGAGAUGGCCAAAAUCAAAGGCUGUUGGCGUCGGUAAUAUCAACAGCAUAUCAGGUGAGAAAUUCAGAAACAGGAUCUGAGUUUGAUUUUUCAGAAGUACGUCCACAUAUUAUAUUAUGCCUGCAUAUUAUUCGAGAAGAAUUUAAACUUGAUGUUAACGCGCGAAAUCAAGUUGAUCGAUUAGGGCUGCUAAUAUCAGCAAUAGUAGAAUCAGCUGGUUGGUCGUCAGCCUGGGUAUCUUAUUAUGAAACACCUUCGUUUAAAAGCAUAACUGGUAAGUUUAGUUUUAUUGUUGUCGUUUAUUUUGCAUAUAUUCUAACCAACAGACUCGGCGAUAACUAUUCAAAUUCAACAGCCUCUAGAUGA